AUGAUCACAGUGUACCUCGAUCUACCUUCAACCGCAACUGGGAAUCUAAUUGCAAGCAGCGCCAGCGGCGCCAGUGUGGAAAGGAUAUACGGUCAAGACGUUUCCGCAAACGCAGUGGCAUUCGGCCGGAAUGCGAGGGAUGCCUCCGCCCCAUGCCAAGCGACAACUCCGCCACCCUGUGCAGCAGCGACGACAACGCCGCCACCCGUAGUAACAAAGCCGCCAUGUUCUGGAGAGGAUGAAACCACGACAACCACCACUACAACAACUACCACAACACCCAAGACAACUACAAGCACUACGACAACCACAACAACAACAACCACGACUACAACAACCACGACGACUACAACAACCACGACAACUACAACCACUACAACAACAACCACUUGCUCGCCAUCAACCACCACUACAACAACUACCACAACAACCACGACCACUACAACAACCACCACGACAACAACAACCACUACAACUACAACCACGACAACAACAACCACGACAACAACCACAACCACGUCAACAACCACUACUACAACGACUUGCGCGCCAUCAACCACCACUACAACAACUACCACAACAACCACGACCACUACGACAACCACCACGACAACAACAACUACGACAACAACAACGACGACAACCACCACUACUACAACCACCACUACGACAACCACCACUACUACAACCACACCAACAACGACAACUACAACUACUUGCUCGACAACAACAACCACGACGACAACCACUACAACAACAACCACGACUACAACAACCACUACAACAACCACGACAACAACAACCACUACAACAACAACCACGACUACAACAACCACUACAACAACAACGACGACUACAACAACCACGACAACUACAACCACUACAACAACAACCACUUGCUCGCCAUCAACCACCACUACAACAACUACCACAACAACCACGACCACUACGACAACCACCACGACAACAACAACUACGACAACAACAACGACGACAACCACCACUACUACAACCACCACUACGACAACCACCACUACUACCACAACACCAACAACGACAACUACAACUACUUGCUCGACAACAACAACCACGACGACAACCACCACUACAACAACCACGACAACAACAACCACUACAACAACAACCACGACUACAACAACCACUACAACAACAACGACGACUACAACAACCACGACAACUACAACCACUACAACAACAACCACUUGCUCGCCAUCAACCACCACUACAACAACUACCACAACAACCACGACCACUACGACAACUACCACGACCACUACGACAACCACCACGACAACAACAACCACUACAACUACAACCACGACAACAACAACCACGACAACAACCACUACUACAACGACUUGCUCGCCAUCAACCACCACUACAACAACUACCACAACAACCACGACCACUACGACAACCACCACGACAACAACAACUACGACAACAACAACGACGACAACCACCACUACUACAACCACCACUACGACAACCACCACUACUACAACCACACCAACAACGACAACUACAACUACUUGCUCGACAACAACAACCACGACGACAACCACUACAACAACAACCACGACUACAACAACCACGACUACAACAACCACGACAACAACAACCACGACGACGACAACAACCACGACGACAACCACCACUACUACCACAACACCAACAACGACAACUACAACUACUUGCUCGACAACAACAACCACGACGACAACCACGACAACAACAACCACUACAACAACAACCACGACUACAACAACCACUACAACAACAACGACGACUACAACAACCACGACAACUACAACCACUACAACAACAACCACUUGCUCGCCAUCAACCACCACUACAACAACUACCACAACAACCACGACCACUACGACAACUACCACGACCACUACGACAACCACCACGACAACAACAACCACUACAACUACAACCACGACAACAACAACCACGACAACAACCACUACUACAACGACUUGCUCGCCAUCAACUACCACAACAACCACGACCACUACGACAACCACCACGACAACAACAACUACGACAACAACAACGACGACAACCACCACUACUACAACCACCACUACGACAACCACCACUACUACAACCACACCAACAACGACAACUACAACUACUUGCUCGACAACAACAACCACGACGACAACCACUGCCUCAAAGGUCGUCGCGUCGUCCCAAUCCAACCGUAAUCCCAUUCGCCGACCCAACGCCAGACCUCUCUGGGAAGUGGCCGCCCAUCAGCAGUCGGCGGGCACCAAUUCGCUUGACAAAGCACUUCAGGUGUCCUGCGCCGGAAAACCCGAUGGCUUCCUCAUGGCAUCGCCGGCACGCUGCAACGACUAUUACAUCUGCCGUCACCAACGCGCCCUGAAGGUCAGCUGCGGUGACAAAUACUUCAAUGCACUGAAGGGCAUCUGUGAUCUGCCCGAGAACACAAGCUGUGUUCAAUCCUAA